AUGGCCGACGCUCACAACACCACCCCCGCCACGGCGGUUCCCGCCGCCGCUGCCGACAACCAUGUUCACGGCGACACGGCCGCCUCGGUCGCCGAUUCCGCGAGCUUCCCCGCUCAGUCGAUCCCCCGUCCUGCCGGCUGGGUCUACAAGGGCUGGCGCAUGUUCGGCCGUGAGUACUGGUACGCCUCGCCGCGCAUCCAGCUCUUCAUGGUCUCCUUCGUCUGCUUCCUCUGCCCAGGCAUGUUCAACGCCCUCAGUGGUCUCGGCGGCGGUGGCCAGGUCAACCCCAAGGCCGCCAACGACGCCAACACGGCCCUCUACAGCACUUUUGCCGUCGUCGGCUUCUUCGCCGGCUCCUUCGCCAACCGUCUCGGCCUGCGCAUCACCCUCUCUCUCGGUGGCAUCGGCUACUGCAUCUACGCUGCCAGCUUCCUCUCGUACAGCCACACCCAGAACCACGGCUUCGUCGUCUUUGCUGGCGCCUUCCUCGGUGUUUGCGCCGGUCUGCUGUGGGCCGCCCAGGGCGCCAUCAUGAUGUCCUACCCGCCCGAGAACGAGAAGGGCCGCUACAUCUCCUGGUUCUGGAUGAUCUUCAACCUCGGCGCUGUCAUUGGCUCGCUCAUCCCUCUCGCCGACAACAUCAACAGCCGCAGCGGCCAGGUCAACGACGGCACCUACGCCGCCUUUAUCAUCCUCAUGUUCCUCGGCGCCGUCAUUGCCCUGUUCCUCGUCGAUGCCGGCAAGGUUCAGCGUGAGGAUGGCUCCAAGGUGAUCAUGAUGAAGAACCCCUCGUGGAAGUCGGAGCUUCUCGGCCUGUGGGAGGGCAUCCGCGACCAGCUCUGGAUCCUGCUCCUGUUCCCCCUGUUCUUCACGUCCAACGUCUUCUACACCUACCAGAACAACGGCAUGAACCUCAUGCACUUCAACAUUCGCACCCGCGCCCUCAACAGUCUGCUCUACUGGCUCGCGCAGAUCAUCGGUGCCCUCGUCAUGGGCUACGGUCUGGACUUCCCCGGCGUGCGUCGCUCGUGGCGCGCCCGCGGCUCCUACAUUGUCCUCAUCGUUCUGACCAUGGUCAUCUGGGGCGGCGGCUGGGCCUGGCAGAGCAAGCAGCUUCCUCGCGAGGAGGCCAAGGGCGACAUUGACUGGACCGACGGCGGUGAGCGCUACAUCGGCCCCAUGUUCCUGUACUUCUUCUACGGCUUCUUCGAUGCCGCCUGGCAGACAUCCAUCUACUGGUACAUGGGUUCUCUCUCCAACUCGUCUCGCAAGGCUGCCAACCUCGCUGGUUUCUACAAGGGUAUCCAAUCUGCCGGCGCCGCCGUCUUCUGGCGCCUCGACGGUCUCGAGACGUCCUACGACGCCAUCUUCGGCGCCACCUGGGGCAUGCUCGGUGCUGCCCUUCUCAUUGCCGCUCCCGUCAUCUGGAUGCGCAUCAAGGACACGACCGAUGUCGAGGAGGAUCUCCGUGGCACCGACGAGACUGUUGAGGAUGUCGUCGCCCCCGGCAAGCUGGCUGAGGAGGAGAAGCGUGCUGCUGUCGUGUAG